AUGAGAUUCGCAAGCCCCAAUGAACGGCGCACAAUCAGUCGCGAAGAUGUCGGGUUCUACAAUGCACUCGUCAUAGCAGCUGUCUAUGAGUUUGAAAAUGAUAUAGACAUUGAUUCGCCUCGUUCUUUUAUUCAGCCAUUGAAAGAGUGCAUUCAGAAGUACCCAUAUCUGAGUGUAGUCGUCAAAGACAAACAUACCGAAAGCCCAGCCUACGAAAGGGUGGAGAGUGUCAAUCUCGAGAACCAUGUGUCUAUAGUCCACGAGGAGGCCAGCAGUGAGGACGAAACGGCAGCUUUUGAAAAGAUCCUGCCACCAAUCCUCGACCGGCCAUGGCCUGCUGAUGUACCACCAUGGAGAAUUGUCAUUCUUCCUCUGCAUGACUCUACAGUCACACGCUGCUUUAUUGCUUUUGCCUUCUCUCAUACUAUCGGCGAUGGGAUGGUCGGGCAUGCAUUCCAUCGCACGUUUCUAGAGGCAUGUCGACAGAGUCCUACUAUGGACGAGAAAGGGUCUCCCAUCAUAACUCCACCCAUUCAACCCCUUCCAGCACCAUUCGACACACCCGAAAGACUCCCUAUCUCGUGGUCAUUCCUCCUAGCCCCGCUGAUAGCUGUAUACAUACCCAAGUUCAUCAGCCAAAUGAUCGGCCUCCGCACAGCAGCCAGCACAGUCGAUGCCGGGACCUGGACUGGUUCACGCAUCUUCUUCGACUCUACCACGAACAGCAGAGUGAAGCUACUGGAGAUUGAAGCUCCGCUAGUCCAAAGGGCGCUGCAGGCGUCGCGAAACCACGACACCAAACUCACUGCAACACUGCACCAGUUCAUCGUUCGAGCGUUAAACAAGGCUAUCCCUGGUGACGAUAUCACUCAUUUCGUCUCUGGAACUGCGGUUGAUAUGCGCGGGUCUAUCGGUAUACCCGCCGAUACAUGGGGUCUUUACGUCUCUGGCCAUUACGAUGUUCACCCACGUCUACCUGACACAGAGCCUACAUUAUCAGACGAAAUGUGGACAGCAGCAAGCUCAAUGACGAGGAAGCUCGCCGAAUGCGGCACCAGACUCCAAGACCAAGCCAUCGGGCUCCUUCGAUACCUCCCGAAUUUCAGGACCUGGACGCUGGGGAAAAUCGGACAGCGACGAGAUUCCUCGUACGAAGUGAGCAAUUUACUUGUUUUUGAUGGUGGUUCGAGUGAGAAGUGCAAUAUUAGCAAAAUGGUAUUCACCCAGCCUGGCAAUGUUCCCAGUGCGCCGCUUGUGUUCAAUGUUAUCAGUGUCAAGGGGGGUAGCUUGAUGUGCACCGUGAGUUGGCAAGCUGGAGCUCUGGGUGUGCCGGUUGAGGAGAUGGAGUUGGUUGAUGGAAUAUGCGCGUCCAUUCGAGCGGAUUUUCAAGCACUGUGA